AGAAGAAGGCCUUAAAGUUGUAUUUUUACUCUCUUUUAAAGAUGUAGAAAAUUGAUAACGUUUAUCACAUUCAUCACCAAUAGUAUAUAGAUUGGGUCUUUUGUUAUAAAGACAGCUGAUUUAGUACCUCAUUGUUAAAACUCAACACAAUGCUGAGAGAAGUCGUAUUCCUGAUGUGUAUUGUCACAGUGUUGUGUCAAGAAUCCCAAUUCGGAGGGCUAGAUACCGACUCUUACCAGGAUAAGAUGGCAGUGCGUCCUGACUUUUUAAACAUUCACAGAAGGAGUGGAUCCAGAUCUAAGCCAAAGGAGGUAGAGGGUGUUCCUAAGUGUACUCCGAAUCCAUGUAAAAACAAUGGAUUUUGUAGGCCACAUGAUACGUGUAUCUGUCCAGCGGAGUAUACCGGGACUCUCUGUGAUGACCUUGUACUAUCAAGAUGUGGAUUUGAGAAAGACAUGUGUAUAUCCGCUGAAAACUUUAAAAGAACCAAUUCCUACUCCGGCAUUCCGGCUCCUUCAAAAGGACAGUACUACGCCUUGGCCACUGGCUCAGCAAUAAUGGCAGCAAAUUUAACAGUUCAGGUGAAAUCCCUUCGCAUUGACUUUGAUUGUGUUACAAGUGGGAGUGGAGGCCUCAACCUUGUUAUAGGCCACAUCCCUAAAAGUGGAUUAAUAACUACCAAUGGAAAGUGGAAGUCUUAUAGCUUCGACUUACCAGCUAUACAAAACAUGGAG